GUAAACAUGGCCGACAGCGCGAGCGAGAGCGACUCGUCCUCUGUCACCGAUGGCCCGAUUAUGCAGCCUCCUUCCAUGCCUCCUUCGCCAAUCACUCGGGAGCAAUGGCAGAAGAGGAUCGAGUGCUUGCAACAGCAAAACCGGGUGCUGAGGGCGGAGCUGGAGACGUAUAAAUUGAGGGUAAAGAGCCUCCACGAAGAGAACAGGGCGUUGCGUCAAGCUUCUGUCAAUAUUCAAGCGCGGGCGGAGCAGGAGGAGGAGUUCAUCAGUAACACCCUGCUGAAGAAGAUCCAAGCCCUGAAGAAGGAGAAGGAGACCCUAGCCUUAAACUAUGAACAGGAGGAGGAGUGUCUUACAAACGACUUGUCCCGCAAGCUGAGCCAGUUGCGUCAGGAGAAGGUGGAGCUGGAGCAGACACUGGAGCAGGAACAAGAGUGCCUUGUAAACAAGCUUAUGCGUAAGAUUGAGAAGCUAGAAACAGAAACCGCAGCUAAACAGAAUGACUUAGAAACACUUCGUAGAGAGAAGAUUGAAUUAGAGAAUACCUUAGAGCAAGAACAGGAAGCAUUAGUCAACAAGUUAUGGAAGAGAAUGGACAAGCUGGAAGCUGAGAAAAGGAUGCUUCAGGGCAAAUUGGAACAGCCCAUUUCCAACCCCCCUUCGCCUGCAGAUUUCAACCAAGGAGACAGGGCCAAUAACCUCUCGUCGCACAUCCAACACCUUCGCAACGAGGUCACCCGUUUUAGGGAGCAGCUCACAAGUGCCCAGGAAGAACACAACCGCACAACCCAGCAAUAUGCAAAUGAGGAGCGGCUGAUCCGAGAGGAAAACCUCCGGCUGCAGAGGAAGCUCCAGAUGGAGAUUGAGCGGCGGGAGGCCCUCUGCCGCCACCUCUCCGAGUCAGAAUCCAGCCUGGAAAUGGAGGAGGAACGGCACUACAACGAGGUGGCGUCACAGCGGCACCGCACUCUCUCUAGCCCUGUGCCCUACAACCCCUCACCUAGCUCCUCCAGGCCACUCUCCCCAGGUCUAUCCAGCUACAGUGGCGGCAGAGACCUGUUCUCCCCCCCAAGCCCCAUGGGCCGCUGCCCCCACUGCGGCCAGGUGAUCCUCCACCACCCACCGCCCACAGCACCCCCGCCCUCCUACCUGCCCUCCACUUCACCACCUCCCCCACCUGUAAUCUCACCUGCAUUCCAGAGACACGGGACCCGCACCUCCCAGGAGCGCUUCGUCAAGCCCAUCGCUCCGCCCCCCACCAGCUCCACACUGCUGGCCACACCCCCCGGCCCUCACCACCCCCCAGCGGCGCCCUCAGGGUCCUCCUCCUCCUCCUCCUCCACAGGAGCGACCAAUUCCUUGCCGCCCAGCCAUCCCCCUCCUCCCCCUCCCCCCGUGCCCGCCCCCCAGCUGCCCCCCUCCCCGCACCCCCUCGCACCCCCCUCACCCAUGGAUGUCAGUCGGAACUGAUGUGCUGAAGGAAGGUGAGAGGCGAGGGCAAGCGGAGGCUGCGGCAGUCUGAGAUCUAAGUGUAGUUUAUUUCCGUUUUAUGUUUUACUCGUCUUUUUUCCCUUUUCUUUUCUUUUCUUUUCUUUUUUUUAUUAUUAUUAUGAUCAAUUUUUCUUUUUCUUUUUCUCAUUUCGUCGUCGUCAUUUUUUUUUUUUUUUCUGUGGUUAUACUAGCGAACUCCUAUUCUCUCAGAUAGUCUUGGUAUCUCAUCACACCAGUUUCCUCUUGGACAACCCCUCUUGCUUUUAGUUUUUAAAAUUUCUUUAUUUUUUUUUUAUUUAUUCCUUUUGUUUGAUUUCAUACCUUUUUUUUUUUUUUUUAUGUCUAAUUUACGUCCUUUCACAUGAUAGCUUGUUGUGACAAUUGUGAUACUGGCGGCAUAUAUAUUUAAAGUGCGAGGGUCGGGGCUACGGACCAAGCUCUUCCUCCCCCUCAGCCAACAAGGAGCACUAGAUUAGGGAGUCUGUAGGAAAAACAAAUAGGAGAAAAUAUAUAAGAAAAAAGUAUUCACGUAUGCCAGUUAGUCUUGUACCGCUCUAUUAUUAUUAUUAUUAUGUAUAGAUUUUUUUUUUUCUUUCUUUUUUCCUGUUUGUGUUGAUUUGCUUUAUGUUUUAGUGUAACUGUCAUUUUAUUUAUUGUUGAUUUUAUUUAUUAUUUUAUUUUAUUUUUAUUUUUUUAAGGAAAUAUUUGCAGAUGGCUUUCAGUCAUAUCAAGGCAGUUAAUGGGUUUGUUUAAUGAGCCUAAUUUGUGAUAUAUGAAUUACGCUGUAAUGAUAACGGUGACAAAGAGAUUGAUGAUGAUUAUCAAUAAGAAAAAAAAAAAAAAAAAGAAGAGAAAAAAAAAAGCGAAAAAAGAGGAUAAAAAUAAGAUU